AUGGUGAAUUUGAAAAGAAAACAUGUUGUUGGAGAUACUAGUGAAAGCAGUGAUAAUGAUAGCAUCAACAAUGAAUUUUGCAUGCAAACUUCUGAUAUUCAAACUUCUCAACAUCAAGUAGAUCACCAUCCUCUUGGAUGGAUCUCAAGAGCUGAGAAAUGCUUCAAAAAACAAAUGCAUAAAAAGAUGAAUGAGCUUGAAAAGCAUAAAGAGAUGCAACAAAAUCUGGACUUUGAGGUUGAACAACUAAAAACAUCAUUGAACGUAUUGAAGAGCUUCCAAGAUGAUGAUGAUGAGCUAGACUUGGAGUUUUUCAACAAGUUUAAUGCUAUGAAGAAUGAUCUUAUAAAAAAAGAAGCAUUGAUUGAAGAACUAGAAUCUCUGACUCAAGUUCUCACUGUUAAAGAGCACGAAAUGAACUAUGAGCUGCAGAAAGCUCGAAAAACCUUGAUUAGUGGCAUUGAGGAGUUAUCUGUUCCAGCCACUAUUGCUGUGAAGAGAAUGGGGGAGCUUGACAGCGAGCCAUUCCUCGAUGCUAUGUUAAAAAAAUAUAAAGAGGAGGAAGCUGAAGUUAGAGCUGCGAACUUGUGUUCGUUGUGGGAAUUCUAUAUGAAAGACCCAGACUGGCACCCAUUCAUAUUUGUCACCGUUGAUGGCGAGAAAAAGGAAAUUAUUGAUGCUGCGGAUAAAAAGCUGAAUGGGCUCAAGAGAAGCGUUGGUAAAGCGGCAUAUAAUGCGGUGGUGGCAGCUCUAACAGAGUUAAAUGAAUACAAUCCUAGUGGGCGAUAUGUAACCUCAGAAUUGUGGAACAAUGCUGAGGACAGAAGAGCAACUCUGCAAGAAGGGAUACAAUUUCUGUUGGACAACUCAUCAAACAAACGCGAGAGGGGAAAAGCUACCAUGGGAAGGAAGGGUGAAUGA